CGAUGGCGCCCACAUUGCAGCUCGGGAGCAUUCUGCUGAUUCUUAGCUUGUCUCACCAGGCCAUGGCUCAGCUGACUUUUAUCAACCGCGAGGGUGUUGUGCUUGGCCGGACGUCUAAGGUUGGGGUGAUAAAGGAACACUCAGGUCGACUGAUCGCUUCUGCACACUCCAACUGCUCGGAGACAAACAUGGAGUUUGCUAUAGCGCCGUACAAGGCCAACUUCUACGUGGCCUGGAAAGUCUGCGCUGAUCCCUGGACUCAGGAGAACGGCGAAUGGAGCUUCAGGUGCACGUAUCAGGACCCGAACGGUCAGGAACAGUGUCGUGAUUGUGGCAAAAAGUAUCGAGAUUCGAGCAGAGACAGUGACCAACCAAUGCUGGUGAAGGGACCAGUGUUAACCGUCAAGUUCAACGCCCCUCCUGGCAUCGACAAGUCCAUCAUAUUCGCCUACUGUUUCUUUGACGGAAUAACGGAAACGGAAGAAGCAUGCUUUACUGACAUGGAAAAGGAAUGCUUUUAGAAGCACCCUUGCUUAGUUAAUCUAUCUAUACCUUGAAAGAAUGUUUGAAAGUGAUUUCUG